GCCCCCUACAACAACGUCACGGGCGGCGGCGGCGGCAAGAAGGAGGGAGAUGGCGGCGCGCGGCGGAUUCAAAGGCGACGGCUGAGGAAGCUCGGUUGUGUCUGGUGUUGUGAGCGGCUGUGUACAACGUUCCCCCGCCCUCCAUCCCGGCUGCCCUGUGAGUGGAUCCAGUGAGUCUUCACCGUUGAAGAUGAAGAUCGACGCCUGGUGCUCUCCGGCGAAGAUGUACGCCCCUCAGAACUACGCCGACGAGGACAGCCUGCCGGUCCGGGCGGCUCCCAGGCCCCUGCUGGUGGGGCCGGCCCUGCUGGACUGCGUUUCGGACCUGGAUGUCUCCCUGACGCCCGACAAAAUGAGCUCGAUUGCGGGAAUACUGAAGAAGCAGGAGAGGUCCGCGGGGGAAGGAGGGAGCGGGAGAACAGGGCGGCGGCAGGUUCGUUUCAACACCGGCUGCGACUCCAAGGGCGGGCUGGCGGAGGGGUUGCUCCCGGAGCUGGAUGCCGGGCGUGAGCCGCAAGCUGGCCCGGGGAACGAGCAGCGCCCCAGACCCCUCGAGCCGACCCCCUUCCCCCGGGCCGGAGGGAGGAAGCCCUCGGGGUUGCUGGGGGGAGCCGAGAGGCCCCUCGCCGCCUUCCCCCUGUGCCGAGUCGAGGACCCAGCAGACCGGCCCCUGGCCGUCCCCCAAUACAACACCACUCUGGCCCUGGGGCAGGAGCUGCUGCAGCUGAAGGAGGCGGCUUUCGACGCCAGGAAGGCGGCAACAGACCAGAUGAAGAGGUCAUCGGUGACGCGGCAAUGCCUGGAGGGCAAAGUGACGGAGGGUCUGAACGUGCCAAAGGACGUGCAGCGUUACAGAGGCUUGGUCAGCCUGGAGGUGCCCGUGGAUGAAGUGUUGAACACUGCCAUCCAGGAGAAGAUGGUGCUCGUUAAACCCAGGGCAGAGAGCAAAAAGCCCGUGACUGGGGCGGAAGGCCCCGACGUGAUGGUGUUGUACCAGUCCGCCGAGCUGCUGACCGAGGAGCCGCAUCUUGCCGUGGACGGGCUGCCGACUCUGAAGGUGCAGGCGCAGCCUAGACUCGCGAACUCCUCGUUCGAUCUGUAUCGGAAGCUGCAGCAGUGGAAUGCUUAGCAGUGGCGGCCCGGAUAGCAACAGUGUGUGUGUGUGUACAAAAAAAACCCCAAAAAUAUAUUUAUUACAGCUGUAAAUUCAUCUCAAAUUCUAUUUGUGAUAACUGGUCAAUUAUCGUCCGAUACGGUCAAUUGUAAAUAAAGUCACAAGAUAUCGAAAGGUAAGGCAAAGCUUGGUAAGUCUCGAACGUAAACGUGCAUUGUCAAAACCGGGCUAGUCUCAUCCCGAGCGGCAUGGACAAAGCGCUGGAGGAUCGCAACUGAGAUAAAGACGCAACGUGCUGGAGUAGCUCAGCGGGAUAGGCAGCGUCUCUGGAGAGAAGGAAUGGGCGAUGUUUCCGGGUCAAGGCCCUUCUUCGGGGGGUGGCGGCUGUCUGAAGAAGGGGCCCAACCCGAAACAUCGCCUGCCCUCAUUCUCCUGAGAUGCUGUGUUACUCCAACACUCUGCGCCUUUUUUUUCUCCUUUAAAUGAGACGAAAACAUGUUUAAGAAGGAACUGCAGAUGCUGGAAAAAUCGAAGGUAAUAAUAAUAAUUUUAUUUAUAGAGCACUUUAAAAACAAACAUAGCUGCAACAAAGUGCUGUACAUCACUAAUCAUUGACAAAAAAGUUAAUACACACCAAAAAUAACAAUCAAAAGAAAUAGUAGGAAAAGACAUGUAAAAUAAAGAAACAUCAAAAACACCAAAAACAGAAAUGUAGACAAAAAUGCUGGAGAAACUCAGCGGGUGAGGUAGCAUCUAUGGAGCGAAGGAAUAGGUGAUGCUUCGCGUCGAGACCCUUCUUCAAAGAUGUUUGUUCUCUUCAGAAAAGGGCGCAUGGUACUGGAGUAACUCAGCAGGCCGGGCGACGUUUCGGGUUGGAACCCUUCCACCAGUUACAAAUAAUUUAUCAGGUCAAAAACAGUAACAAAAAUUCAGAAGACAGACACAAAAUGCUGGUGUUACUCAGCGGGUCAGGCAGCAUCUCUAGCGAAAAGGAAUAGGUGAUGUUUAAGGUCGAGACCCUUCUUUAGACUCAAGACUUAAGGAUCUGUCCUAUUUCUUGUUCUCCAGUAAUGCUGCCUGUCUCACUGAGCUACUCCAGCAUUUUGUGUUCAACUGGAUAGGAUGGAGACAGACUGCAGAUGCCGAUAAUCUGGAGUCAAAAGCACAACGUGCUGGAGGAACUCAGCGGGUCAGGCAGCAACUAUGGAGCGAAGGAAAUAGGCCGAAACCCUUCAGACUCCUUCGCUCCAUAGAUGCUGCUGCACCCGCUGAGUUUCUCCAGCAUUUUUGUGUACCUUCGAUUUUCCAGCAUCUGCACAGUUCCUUCUUAAACAAGUUAUUGCUCAGGACCCUUCUUCAGACUGGGUUAGAGAAACGAGGGUCCCGACCCAAAACGUCCUCCAUCCAUUCCUUUCACAGAUGCUGC